CUCAUUCAUCACUUGUAGUUUUCUUUUUUUCCCUUUUUCUUUCCUUAAUUCUCCUCAAGAGAAAGAGAAGAUUUAUUAUUAUUUUUAUUAUUAAGAGAUGGGAAAUCUAAGUGAAGUGUUGUACAAGAUAAAACCUUAUUUCCUUAUGGUGUUCUUGCAAUUUGGAUCGGCAGGCAAUUAUAUAAUCAGUAUGGUAACUCUCAACCAUGGCAUGAAUCGCUAUGUGCUCAUUGUCUAUCGCAACGCUAUCGCUGCUCUUGUUCUUGCUCCUUUCGCUUUGCUUCUUGAAAGGAAAAUAAGGCCAAAGAUGACUUUCCCAGUCUUCUUACAAAUAAUGGCAUUGGGAUGUUUAGAGCCAAUCCUGGACCAAGGCUUCAGUUACUUGGGGAUGCAAUACACAUCAGCAUCUUAUGCAUCUGCUAUCAUGAAUGCUGUUCCUUCAGUCACCUUUGUAAUUGCUGUGAUUUUUCGGUUAGAGCGCAUAAGGAUCAAGGAGAUACGCAGCCUAGCAAAGGUAAUUGGAACCCUGGUUACUUUCGGAGGAGCUCUGCUUAUGGCACUUUACAAGGGCCCUCUUAUUCAUCUAAUAUCCUCAAGCAAAUCAUCCCAUCAUGAAAAUUCUGCUCACAAUUCCGAUAAACAUUGGGUCGCUGGGACGCUAUUGAUACUUGUAGGCUGUGUCUCCUGGUCUGCCUUCUACAUUUUGCAGUCCGUAACCUUAAAGAAGUACCCGGCGGAGAUCUCUCUGUCGUCGUUGAUAUGCUUGGCCGGCACCGUUCAGAGCUUGGCCGUAGCACUGGUGGUUGCUCACCACCCCAGCGCAUGGGCUGUUGGCUGGGACACCAGGCUCCUGGCUCCUGUCUACACUGGGAUAAUUGCCUCUGGAAUCACAUACUACGUGCAAGGACUUGUAAUGAAGACUAGAGGUCCAGUAUUUGUUACAGCAUUUAACCCUCUGUGCAUGAUCAUUGUUGCGGCUCUUGGGUCUAUUAUUUUAGCUGAAAAGCUUUAUCUUGGAAGUAUCAUUGGAGGGAUAAUAAUAGCAAUCGGGCUAUACUCUGUUGUGUGGGGAAAAAGUAAAGACUAUUCAAGCCAAGUGCCAACAUCAAUGACUCAAAAGGAACUACCAAUUACAGCAAUUGAUGGGACUAAUAAAACGGUCAUCUCCAGGCCAAGUACCAAUUCAGAAUUGUCUAGUUAUAUGUGUGAUGGAAACCCAAAUUGCUCCAUUAUUGGCAGUAGCAGACAGUGUGCUCAUUAAUGGGUUUAAUUUAUAGUAUAUUUUAGUGUCUCAGCAGUCAGUGGGCACCAUAAUUUUGUGGUUAGCUACCACAAAAUUGAGUUUUGGUCAUAAAUAAUGGGCUAGAAAGCCAUUGUAGCUUUUGGAAAUUUCUCAGGUAUCCUUCCAUGUGUAUAUAUCUUUUCCAAUUCAAUCCAAUAUCUAUGUUUGCAAUUCAA